AUGCCAGAGACUAUCAAAGUACAUGCCUUCCCCUUGACCGAGCCAAAUGCUCCCUCUUCUUCGGGGUUCUGCCAAAAGCUCGACUCUUACCUGCGCGCUACCUCUAUCCCAUACGAGAACGUCCCCUCCUAUCCGUUCUCAGCCCCCAAGGGUAAACUACCCUACAUCACCACGCCCAAGGGAGAAGUAAUCCCCGACUCCCACUUCAUCAUACAACACCUUAAAGCUUCAGGCGUAUCCAAGGACCUGGACGCCGAGCUGACCCCAGCACAGAAAGGAGACUCGAGGGCAUGGCAGGGGUGGCUCGAGGAGGUCGUCUACCCAUGCAUGGUGUACGAGCGGUGGGUGGACGACGCGGGCUACGCCCAGACUGCAGCCGGAUUCAACACGAUACCUUGGCCCUUCCGCGCGAUCGUCCCGUGGUACUUCAGGCGGCGCAUCACUGGCCGCCUAAAGGCUCAGGGCACCGGGCAGCACUCUCUCGAGGAGGUCCACACGCUGGAGAAAGAGUUCGUGGACGCCCUGGACGCGAAGUUUAGUGACGGCAGGGAGUAUUUCCAUCAGACCGCGACGCCCACGGAGGUAGACGUCUUCAUAUAUGGCUUCUUGGUGAAUGGGCUGAGUCAGAGGAGCAACGCGUACUUCAACAAGCUGGUGUUGGGAAAGGUGGCGAUUAAGGGCUUUGUGAGGAGGAUGCUGGAGAGACUGCAUCCCGAGUAUGAGGGGAUCAGGAAGAUGCUAAACGAGUAGGGGUCCGAGGAUUGACUUGGGUAUACCUCCGCUAUUUGCCCGUCGUAUUUUUUCUUGCUUUGCAGUUUAUAUAAUCUUUUUUGCG